UCGUCAUUCCAUAUGCUUUCUCCUCUCAGAAGAGUUUACUCCGUUCUGCAACCCUAGUCUCGUUGAUUUCGAAUCUGGAAGCUCCAAUCCGAGAAAUCGUUCCAGAGAUCUGAUAGCUUUUUCUUCGAGGAUCUGGUUUCGGUGAGAAUCCGCGGAGUCUUCUGUUUGAGCAAAAUCGGAAAUGGCAGACAACAAUUCACCACCUGGCUCUGCAGAAGAGAAAGCAGAUCAAAUCGUUGAAGCUAACGCAUUAGCCAAGGACGAUACUUCACUGGAAACAAUAGUUCGAAGGUUCCAGGAUUCAAUGUCAGAGUCAAAGACCCACAAAUUCUGGGAGACUCAGCCCGUUGGGCAGUUCAAGGAUGUCGGGGACACGAGUUUGCCUGAAGGCCCAAUUGAGCCUGCAACUCCUUUAUCUGAGGUCAAGCAAGAGCCGUACAACCUUCCUUCUGUUUACGAAUGGACCACCUGCGAUAUGAGCUCAGAUGAUAUGUGCUCAGAGGUAUACAACCUUCUCAAGAACAACUAUGUUGAGGAUGAUGAGAACAUGUUCAGGUUCAAUUACUCCAAGGAGUUUCUCAGGUGGGCUCUUCGCCCUCCUGGUUAUUACCAGAGCUGGCACAUUGGUGUCCGUGCCAAGACCUCCAAAAAACUCGUUGCUUUCAUCAGCGGUGUGCCAGCAAGGAUCAGGGUGCGCGACGAGGUUGUGAAAAUGGCUGAGAUCAAUUUCUUGUGUGUUCACAAGAAGCUCAGGUCGAAGAGACUUGCUCCGGUCAUGAUCAAGGAGGUAACGAGAAGGGUUCACUUGGAGAAUAUAUGGCAAGCAGCUUAUACCGCAGGAGUUAUACUUCCUACACCCAUCACCACCUGCCAAUACUGGCACAGGUCGUUGAACCCAAAGAAGCUAAUCGAUGUUGGGUUUUCAAGGCUUGGUGCAAGAAUGACGAUGAGCAGAACCAUAAAGCUCUACAAGUUACCUGAUGCACCGGUCACUCCCGGGUUCAGGAAAAUGGAACCACGCGAUGUCCCGGCUGUUACAAGGUUGCUUAGGAACUACCUUAGCCAGUUCGGAGUCGCGACUGACUUUGACGAGAACGACGUCGAGCACUGGCUACUCCCGAGAGAAGAUGUUGUGGACAGUUACUUAGUAGAAAGCCCUGAAACUCAUGAUGUCACUGACUUCUGCAGCUUCUACACUCUCCCUUCGACUAUCCUUGGUAACCCGAACUACACAAUAUUGAAAGCUGCUUAUUCUUACUACAAUGUCGCCACACAGACCUCGUUUCUUCAGCUGAUGAAUGAUGCGCUAAUCGUGUCUAAGCAAAAGGGUUUCGACGUGUUCAACGCGUUGGAUGUGAUGCACAAUGAGAGUUUCUUGAAAGAGUUAAAGUUUGGUCCAGGAGAUGGUCAGCUUCACUACUAUCUCUAUAACUACCGUUUGAGAAGUGCAUUGAAGCCAGCUGAACUUGGCCUUGUUCUCUUAUAAGCUCUUCAAUUGCAAUGGUAUUAGUUCGUUUGGUAUCAAGAAACUUGAAAAUUUGGAUUUUUUUUUUCCCUUUUUUUUCUUUAUCUGAACUACUUCUCUCCUGGGUUACUGAAACUGAGUUUAACUCAUUUGGCAAUGCGAUUUUGAAUUUU